AUGGAUGGUGCCGUUAGUCAACAUUAUAAAGAAGCAACAGACAAUAAAUUGACAAGUAAAGAUAAAGAAAUUCUUAGUGAAACAAAGUCACCAGCAAAAGAUUCUGAUUUACAAGCAGAAAAAUUUGGUGGUGAUACACCAAGUCAACAAGGUAGUGGAACAGCAACUACACUUGAUAAUGCUAGUGGACAAACAAAUCCAAAUAUUAUCUAUUAA